UGCGUCUUGCGCCGGCUGGGCAUGCGGCCUUGGGGGACGUAUGAUGGGGAUGCGGAUGCCAUGGUAACAGGCCGAUUAGAGCCAGACCUUUAUAUGCCGUUUAUUUAUUUAAUAUUUCAUUUGCAUGCGCCUAUGUGGACGCGCCAGCUCGACCUCUGUGUAUAAGAGUGAGAAGUGAAUGUCAGCUUUCAACUGGAGUCCAUCGGAUCCGAGUAGUCUACGAAUGAGCCGCCACCUUAAACGCUCAACAAGUUGUUUUUAUUAAAAAUGCAUAGGGAGGGGGCUUUUGAAUUGUGCACAGCGCACCGUUUCACAUUGGAGAAAUCUAGAGCAUUUUGAUCUGUCUUUGGUGCCAUCAAGGGGAAAAGGACAGCGUCGUAUCCGUAGUCUGGACAAUGUCAUUGAAAGUCGACAGAAGUGGGAAUAGAUGGAAGCAGCUGCUGAUGAAAGAACAGAAGAUUUCUGGUGUCAGACUCUGAACACCUGACCGGGUUAAUUACGGCAUUAGUUUUACAAAAUCGCCCUGUUGUGGAAGAGCCGGUUGUCUGAGCGCAUCUGUCACGGGCAGGCAACAUUUCGGCGCGCCUUCUAUCUCGAUGAGUGCCUUUUCGCUCGGAUACUGAAAUGGCAACAUGCCGCAGAUUCCGUGAAAUCAUGGGAGAGAUUUGGGGUCAUUUUACUUGUUUCCGCCGCCUUUUGUGUCCCGCUCGGUCUGUUUUUUUGUGCGUGUCAGAAUUAAUCAGUGCGCCUUUGAGUAUGAGCGCCUCUGUGUGCCUAUGAUGUGCGUUCCUUGUGUCCAUUAACAACCCAUCCCUCCUGAAAAGAGGAACAAGUGUCCUAGUAAUUCAUCCGCGGAUGAAUGAUCCCCACUCUGCCACCUUACUGCUCAAAUAAUUUCUUCUAUAAUGAUAUAUGUAGAAAAUAGCCAAACUGGGUGAGCAGCCUGGACAUACAAGCUACACAGACAGGACACCAACGGCCAAUAAGCAGCGAGCUCCGUUUUCUACAAAAGACAGGGAUUCCGGUGCCAAUUUGACCGGCGUCGGAGCGUUGAGGGCGGCUGUGGAGAGAAGAGGGAGGGCCUCGGUGGGGGGGAGAGAGAAACGUUUCAAGGACGAGGAAGGAGGAAAUACAGCUACAAAAACAUAUAUAAGGACAAAAUAUACUCUUUAAGAAAAAAGGAAAAGUAAAGCUGCUGGCAUCACACUGGCAGGGUGAAGGAUUCAAUGUCUGGAUAGAGCUGUUUCCAAGGGCACUGAGGUAAGCAUGGGCACAUCCGCAGAGAGAGGGAUAGGGCGGAGGUGUGAGCAGCCAGCUCCAAGAGAAUGACCACUUUUCUUUAGCUUUGGCUUCAAUUUAACAUUCACAUUGACAUUGACAUUCUCACCUCUGUAAAACAGACAGGCCAACUACACUGGAGAGUUGCUUUUUACUGAGAUUUACGUGUUAUAUUCACCCUUCCUUCACUCUCCUCAUCCUACUCACCCCUGAGUUGGGAUGGAUGGGGUUGCUGGAGGUGUGGGCACCCCCAGUAGUGCUGGAGUGUCUGGGGGUGACAGCCUCCCCAGGCAUAACGGAGGGGACUCAAAGCAACGCAGUAAGGGCAGUCUGCCCUCUCCGGGUUACAGGCAGUCCCAAGCCUCACUGGAAGGGGAGAGGGGCUCCUUCGGGGCGGACAGCACUUCCUUAGGGGGACGCGGUCGUCGCCUCUCCAUCAUGAGCUCCUCCACCAGGGACGGCCUUUCCUUCCGCACAGCAGGCACCCCAACCACCCCAGUGCCCCAGCCCACCUCUUCUGCCACAGUUCAUCCUCCUCCUCGCUUGUUGGGCUUUGCCUCGACGCGUGCCGCCUUGCCAUCCACCUCCUCCACCGGGACCGGAGUGAUGGUAGUGGCCACAGGUCCAGAGACCACCACCACCACAGCAUGUAACACCACUGCAGGGAGCCCUGAGAUGAUGGGUCAGUUUGGACUGGGUGUGUUUGGCAUGGGUCUGGACGGGGAGGACUAUAGCAACUCCAACCAGAGCACCUUCAUCCAGAGACAGUUUGGAGCCAUGCUUCAGCCGGGGGUCAACAAGUUCAGCCUGCGCAUGUUUGGAUCCCACAAAGCUGUGGCACUGGAGCAGGAAAGACUGAAAUCAGCAGGGUCGUGGAUCAUACACCCAUACAGUGACUUCAGGUUCUACUGGGACCUGCUGAUGUUAAUGUUGAUGAUGGGGAACUUAAUCAUCCUGCCAGUGGGUAUCACUUUCUUCAGAGAGGAGAACACUCCUUCGUGGAUCAUCUUCAACGUGGUUUCUGACACUCUCUUCAUGGUUGACUUGGUUCUCAACUUCAGGACCGGUAUCAUCAAGGAAGACAACACUGAGAUACUACUAGACCCCAGGGCAAUCCGCCAGAACUACCUGAAAACCUGGUUCCUCGUGGACUUUUUGUCGUCCAUCCCAGUGGACUAUAUUUUCCUGAUGGUGGACAGUCUUGACUCCGAGGUCUACAGGACUGCCAGGGCACUGCGCAUCUUUCGCUUCACCAAAAUCCUGAGCCUGCUUCGACUGCUCCGCCUGUCCAGACUCAUCCGCUAUAUCCACCAGUGGGAGGAGAUUUUCCAUAUGACCUAUGACCUUGCCAGUGCAAUGGUGAGGAUAGUUAAUCUGAUUGGUAUGAUGCUGCUGCUAUGCCACUGGGACGGGUGUCUUCAGUUCCUGGUCCCCAUGCUGCAGGACUUCCCUCCUGACUGCUGGGUUUCCAAGAACCUGAUGGUGAAUGACACGUGGGGUGUGCAGUACUCCUAUGCUCUAUUUAAAGCCAUGAGCCACAUGUUGUGUAUUGGGUACGGUGCCCAGGCUCCAGAAGGGAUGACUGAUGUGUGGCUUACCAUGCUCAGUAUGAUCGUAGGUGCCACCUGCUACGCCAUGUUCAUCGGCCAUGCCACCGCUCUCAUCCAGUCACUGGACUCCUCACGACGACAGUACCAGGAAAAGUACAAGCAGGUGGAGCAGUACAUGUCGUUCCAUAAGCUUCCUGCAGAUGUCCGGCAAAAGAUCCACGAGUACUAUGAGCACCGCUUCCAGGGUAAAAUGUUUGAUGAGGAGAACAUCCUGGGAGAACUCAGCGAGCCACUGAAAGAGGAGAUAGUUAGCUUUAACUGCCGCAGCCUGGUGGCUAACAUGCCACUGUUUGCCAACGCUGAUCCAAACUUUGUGACUGCAGUGCUGAUCAAGCUCCGCUUUGAAGUGUUUCAGCCUUCAGACUACAUCAUUCGCGAGGGCACUGUUGGGCGGAAGAUGUACUUCAUCCAGCAUGGACGAGUUGCUGUGCUGACCCGUGGCAAUAAUGAAACCAAGCUGAGCGAUGGGUCUUACUUUGGAGAGAUCUGUUUGUUGACUCGUGGACGGAGGACAGCCAGCGUCCGUGCAGAAACAUAUUGUCGCCUAUACUCUCUAAGUGUGGACAGCUUUAACGAGGUGCUGGGACAUCCAAUGAUGCGGCGUGCCUUCGAAACUGUUGCUGUUGAUCGAUUGGACCGUAUCGGCAGGAAGAACUCCAUGCUCAUGCGGAAGUCGUCCCAGGGUGCUUCUCUGGGGGGCAGUAUGGGUCGUGGUGGAGGCCGGGGUGGAGGGGGUCCAGGAGCCGGAGGAGGCCUGGCGGCAGGCGGUCUGGGUUCCUGUGACAGCAUGCUGGUGCAGCAGAUUGUCAAACACGACAGCAUGUCGGCCAUGCAGGAUGCGAUUGCGGCUGCUGCUGCAGGAAGAAGCGGAGUCAUGGGAGGAAGUGGCACAGUGUCACCUCGACCGCGCCCGGUCAUCUGGGCGCCGCUGGUCCACGCCCCCCUGCAGACUGCUGCUGCCACCAGCAUCGCUCUCAUGCACCAGCAGCAGCAACAGCUCCAGCAGUUGCAGCAGCAGCAUGCACUUGGAGGUGCUUUCUUCAUGCCCUCCCCUCUUGUCUCUCCUUCUCCCUCCUGUUCUUUCCCUCUGUCUCCGCCUCGCCCUCCUGUGGUACAGCCCCUCCGCCCUUCAGUGAGCUCUCUCAUUGGGAUGAUGACAAUGGGAGGGAUGUCUCCAAGAGGAUUUGCUGCCUCUCCCUCGACCAUGGGCCCUCCUGGUGGGUUGACAUCACCCCCUAUUGCUAAAACCCCACUCACACCAGCCUCCUCUGUCCCAACUUCUGUCCAACAAGGAAGGAAUCUUCAUCACAGCCUCCGCCUCCAGGCUGAUCAUCCCUCCAUGAUCCAUGAGGGACAUGCCUCCAACCCCCUUGCUGCUUGUGGCACCCCGUCAGAUGGCAACGCUUCUGUGACAGGCCAGCAGAGAGUAAAAGAAGCUCUGUUACGUCAUGGAGGAAACAGUUCUCAAUGUCUGCCCGCACUGGGCAGACUUACCCAGGAGGCCAGGCUGCUGUCAGCCUCGCAGCCCACUCUGCCUCACCGCUCCUGGGUUGGACUGCAGCCUCAACCGCCUCUCCACAGGAAGGCCUCUGGUGGUAAUUUGCUGGCAACUCCUUUCCUGGCAGGGCAAUUAGCCAGGGGAGGCAGUGCGGGCAUGCUGACUUCUAAUGCUCCAGGACAGCUGUGGGCAAAUAUACCAUUUAAUGCACAAACACAUGUACAGUCUGCAGUUCUUAUUCCGCCUGCAUUAGCACAGAUUCUGCCUACACAAUCUGCCCCUCACACUGCCUCUGUACGCACACCAACAACUGCACACAUGCCUUCUGCAGCUUCUUCUUUGCCAUCUUCCUCCCCUCCAAAGCAGACCCCGCACUCCUCUGCCACUCCUUUAUCUGCACCCACCCCCUCGUCUUCUACACCUAUACUCCCCCAGAUACCUCGUCCUAAACCAAUCCCCAUGACCCCCUCCUCUCCUCCUCCCUGCUCUACCCCUCCUUCAGCAGGAACAAACCCGCUGUCGGUCUCAUCAACUCCUCGUCCCAAACCAAUCCCUUCACCUUCUUCCCGCUCUUCCUCUCCCUCUCCCUCCUCCACACCACCUCCAUCUACCCCUGUUACACUACCUCCAACUUAUGGGCCCAAAUCCUCUUUCACCUCCUCUUCACCCCCUUCCUCCUUGAUGACCUCUAUCCCACCAUGUCCCCAGAGCCCGCGGGUCAAAGCAUCCAACACACCUCCUUCUGCUUCUCCGUUGUCUGGCCCCAGUCCAACCCCAACCUCAAUACCGACUCCCACUCAGACUACCCGUACCCGUUCUCCUACACAAACCCUGACACCUGUUACUCCUACCCAGAUCCUUACCCAAACACCAUCACCCUUUCCCAUCACCGUUGCACCUGUCCCCUCCCCAAGUAAAUCUAGUCCAACCCCUUGUCUCCAGUCCUCUGUCUCCGGCUCAACCAUAGGCCCCACCUCAAGUCCAACACCAAAACAGACCCCAACUCAAACUGCAUCUUCUUCCCCAACAUCAGCUAUCAGCAGUUCUCCAAGAAAAAUAACUUUCUCAGUUCAUCCUGUAAAGCAAACGCCUCCUGUCUCUAGUCCAAGCCCCACUUUAGGCUCUGUUCAUUCUACCAAACCAGCCCCAGCAUCAUCCUUGCCAACUUUAUGCCCAUGCCCAAGUUCCACUCUCACUACCACCUCUUCUUCCACCUCCACUUCUUCCAGUCCAAUCUGCCUCUCCUCACCAUCUAAACAAUUAGCAACCACCACAGCUGCCCCUACCCACUCCUCAAAACUCAAUACACCCUCCACCCCUUCUCAGACCUCUCAGACAUCCACCACUACACCCACCCAGUCAGCACAUGCAGCCGCCACUGCCAACACCACCUGCCCUAAAGGUGGGAAAAAAGACCCUCAACUGCCACUCGCCAGAAAAACCUCAGAGGGAUUAAGACACAAACUGCCCCCCAACAUUUAAGAAAUAAAUAAAACAAUGUGGGCCUUGUGUUGUGGGUUGUGUCAGAGUUGGCACCAGGCAUCCAAUGAUGUUGUGUGGACAGGUACAUCUGGUUUGCAUUCACUCUAGGAUGUGUUUGUCGUAGAACAUCAGGUAGAGUCAAAAUGUAUACAUACAUGUCUGUGUUAGUGAUUAUUGGAGCAAGCAGGAGAGCUGAACAGGAACAACAGUAAAAUGGGUUGAAAGCACUAGCAGAGGGAAAAAAAUCUCAAUUUUCCGGACAUCAGAAACAGCAAUACAUGAAAAACAUUUGAGGCACUCAUAAUGUGACAGGAAAUUACCUUGACAAUAAUAAUAAAUGUGAGAAAAUAAUAAUCUUGCUGCUUUUGGAGGAACAUCUCCCGUGAUGUCAGUUUUAAAAUGAAGGCAAUACAGCAGACACUUCCUGGUUUCCAGUUCCAACUCCCUCUUGCCUCCCAUUCAGCACCAAAGUGUAAUAUCUUCUCAUCAGCAUACUAAAUAAUGAUAAGAAUAUAGAGUUCAAACAUCACUGUAAAGUAGAUGCUCAUAUGAAUUUGAAUAAUUAGGAGCAGUCCACUGUUAGUUUUGUUGUCGCAGGUGUGUGGUGUUUAGUUUAUUGAACAAGACAAAACUUUUAAACCUACAUGUUCACUCUGUGUGUGUGUGUGUGUGUGUGUGUGUGUGUGUGUGUGUGUGUGUGUGUGUUGUGUGUGUGUGUGUGUGUGUGUGUGUGAGAGUGUGACAUACAACACUGCUCUGCUGUGCACUGUGGCUCACUUGAUUUUUAUUCCACCCGGCUCCGGCUGUAAAUAUGUGCCUCUCUGUUGGUCUGUUGUAAGCUUCCUCACUCUUCAGCCUCUCUGUCUUUCAUCUCUUUUCUGUCUCGCCGCCUUUCAUCUGUUUUCACUACCCCGUUGCUAACUGCUUCUACAGACUCUCUCUCUUUCUCUUAGUUUGCCCGACACUUUACUCCUGUGUGGCCAUCAAUUUCAUGUUCAAAUGGCUCUUCCUUCUGUCGGCCUACGACACUGUUUUUAGCGCAAAUUCUAGUGCUGUUUGAUGUUUUGUGUGGGUAGCAACAAGACAGUUUGGUCUUAACCCUUGAUACCAUGUUGCCUAGACUAUAUAUUAAAGGACCAAAUGUUUUAUUUAUUUUUCAUCACAGCUUUAGCUUUUGAACUAUGAACAAAUAGCUAAUAAUGCUGUCACGGUGAGGAUCUUGGUUUUGGUGUUGAAGGUGAUGAUGAUAUUACUGACAACCAUGACGCUAAUGAUGAAGGUGUAUAUCUAGAUGUAAGAAUAAAGCGGAUUUAGAUAUCA